AUGAUUGCAAAAUGUCCAUAUUAAAAUUAAUCAUUUUUAGAAUAAUUAGGAUAAAUUAAGUUAACAGAAUCAUAUAAAGGAUUAUAUAAAGGAUUUCGAACAUCAUUUGAUAGAUAAAUAAUUUAGAAUCUUUCAUUUUAUUUUUGUUUCUAAUAUUUCUUUUUAAGAUAUGGAUUAGAGUUUAAAAGUAAAACAAGAGUUGAAGUAAAAGAUUAACCUUAUUUAAAAUUUUGUGAAAAUGCUAAGUUUUAUUCAAUUGCAUUUGGAUCAGCAAUUAUUUCAACUUUAUUUAGUCAACCAAGUAAUAUUGUUAAUUUAAAAUUGUAAUGUGAAUAAUUAGGAUUACCACCUAAGAAAUACUGGGAUAAUAUGAAGCAUUUAGAUGAAAUAAUGCAAUAUCAUAACAAAUAAUUCCGUAUUGCCUUUAUUCCUGGAUUUAAAAGCAAAGUCUUAUUAACAUUUUGUUAAUUUGUUACAGAAAUUAUUAUUUUUUAAGAAUUCUUAUAUUAAUAAGGAUACUAUUUCAUGAAUAAAUCAUUUAAUUCAAAUAAAGAAACAAAAAAUAGUCAUUUAAUUGGAGCAUUAGGGACUAGUUUAUUAAUACCAAUAGUGUUUCAUCCUUUAAAUUUCUUAUAAAAGAGAUAUACAAUAAGAAAAUUAUAAAAUAUGAAACUAUUAUAACCUUCAGAGAUGUUAAUAAAAGUAUUAAUUUAUAAUUAAUUAAUUAGGAUAUGUAGAAGUUUUCUAAUAUAUAUUGUGGAUUUGGAGCAGAAAUAUUUAGAUAUAGUACAAGAAGUAUGUUGAUAUUUUAUUUAAUUUGGAAUUCUGCUAAUUAAAAAACUAAAUAUUGA